AUGGUGCACUAUGGCCACUCCAACCAGCUGCGCCAGGCUCGGGCCAUGGGAGAUUAUCUGAUUGUUGGAGUCCACACGGAUGAGGAGAUUGCCAAGCACAAGGGCCCCCCUGUCUUUACACAGGAGGAGAGGUACAAAAUGGUGAAAGCCAUCAAGUGGGUGGAUGAGAUUGCUCCAGGAGCUCCCUAUGUCACCACACUGGAAACCCUGGACAAAUAUAACUGUGACUUCUGCGUGCACGGUGAUGACAUCACCUUAACGAUAGAUGGCAAGGAUACCUAUGAGGAAGUGAAGACAGCGGGGCGGUACAGGGAAUGCAAACGCACCCAAGGUGUGUCCACUACUGACCUCGUUGGCCGCAUGCUGCUCAUGACUAAGGCUCACCACAGCAACAUAGAUGAGGACCUAGACUAUCGGAAGCACACUGACAACUUUGGGAAGCGUUCUGUGUGUUGUCCAGGAGGGGCCUCCUGGAGCAUGAAAGGGAAAGGUGUGUGGUGUGUGUUUUCCCAGGGCCCAAAGGGUCACAGUCCUUGGACUGGCGUCUCGCAGUUCCUACAAACAUCUCAGAAGAUCAUCCAGUUUGCAUCAGGGAAGGAGCCACAGCCAGGAGACACCAUAAUCUACGUGGCCGGAGCCUUCGACCUGUUCCAUAUUGGGCACGUGGAUUUCCUGGAGAAGGUUCACCAGCUGGCAGAGAAACCCUACAUCAUUGCUGGGCUGCACUUUGACCAGGAAGUAAAUCGCUACAAAGGGAAGAACUAUCCCAUCAUGAACAUCCAUGAGAGAACACUCAGUGUCUUGGCCUGUAGGUAUGUCUCGGAAGUGGUGAUUGGAGCCCCCUAUGCUGUCACUGCUGAUCUGCUGGAUCACUUCAGGGUCACGCUCGUCUGUCAUGGGAUGACUGAGGUGGUGCCAGACAAGGAUGGUUCUGAUCCAUACCAGGAACCGAAGAGACGCGGCAUUUUCCAGCUGGUGGACAGUGGCAGCAAUCUCACCACAGAUUUAAUUGUGCAGAGAAUCAUCAAGAACAGGCUGGAGUUUGAAGCUAGGAACCAGAAGAAAGAAGCAAAAGAGCUGGCUGUGCUGGAGGCCAUGAAGAGACUGGAAGAGGAGAAGCAGUAGGCCAGCGGAGAGCUGAUGUGUGGGUCGCAGAGUGCCGCAGCCUCUCCCUCCUGAGGAACAGACAGCUCUUCGAGAGGGGACCCUGAACCGGGCACCGCUGCAGCACGCAGGAUGUGCUGUCCUAGCUCCUCCUGCACUAAUUACGCAGACACAAUGAGUCAGGAUCCUGCUGCCUAGUUUUUCCUCCGUUAAUCAGCCCCCGUCCCCUUUCCCAGGAGGAGA